AUGGCAAUUGUCAAUAGAUAUGGAUUCUUCAAAGCUCUUAGCUUUGGCGUUGCUUUCCUCUCAGUUACUUUCAUUGUUUGGGGAACUGUCUCUCUUGGAUUAUGGUACGGUGGUUACAACGUUGUUGAUGGCCUUACAACACUCGGAGAUUAUUUCAAAGUUUGUGGUUUGAUGAUCAUGACAGUGAUGAGUCUUAUUCAGACCUUUGCUAUCUUUCCAGAAUUUACCAAAUCAAUUUUGAGUGAAGCCGUCUUGUUGAAGGUGAUUAAGAGAAAGCCAGAAAUUCCAUUCAAGGGAGGAAAGUCAAUUGAGAAUUUGAAAGGAAACAUUUCGUUUAGAAAUGUGGAUUUCAUAUACCCAGCAAGACCAAAUACUACAGUUCUCAAGGACUUUUCUCUUGAUAUCAAGCAAGGUCAAUCCGUUGCAUUGGUUGGUCCAUCAGGAUCUGGUAAAUCAACCAUUGUUGGGCUCGUUGAAAAGUUCUAUAAUCCAAAUGCUGGUCAGAUUCUCAUUGAUGGAGUUGACAUUUUGGAAAUUGAUCCAAUGUUCAUCCACCACAAAAUUGGUAUUGUCACUCAAGAACCUGUCUUGUUUGCUGCUUCUAUUAAGGAAAAUAUUGCCUAUGCUGUUGGUUUGGAGAACGUUACACAUGAACAAAUUGUCAAUGCUGCAAAACUUGCCAACUGUCACAAUUUCAUCAUGGAUCUUCCAGAUGAAUAUGAUACUCUAUUGGGAGAGAAGGGUGUCUCCAUGUCAGGAGGUCAGAAACAGAGAAUUGCCAUUGCUAGAGCCUUAAUUCAAAAUCCAAUUGUCUUACUUUUAGAUGAAGCCACUUCAGCACUUGACACAGAAUCUGAGGCACUCGUUCAGGAAGCAUUGGAUAAUUUAAUGAAGGGAAGAACUACUAUUUGCAUUGCUCACAGAUUGUCAACUAUCAAGAAUUCAGAUGUGAUUUGUGUUCUUGUGAAGGGUAAAUUAGUAGAAAAGGGUAAACAUGAUGACUUACUUGAAAUAGAGAAUGGUGUUUACAGAAAGUUGGCUGAGAAGCAAAUGGCUUUCAAACCUAAACGAGAAGAUGCAGAGGAAACUCUUGAUAUUAUGGAAGAGAAUGAUGAAAUUGAUUUGUAA